AUGGGGGCAGCCAGAAGUCAAUACACAGCUGACGAUGAAGAAGAAACUACUGAGGAUGAAGAGGAGGAGAGACAGGAACCAUUGUCACUACAGGGCCCUGACCCGAAUGACAGGAGGAGUGUGAAUCUGCAGCCAGUAGCAGGCGUAAUUACUGGACAGUUUAACGGACAUCUUGAACCCAGAAGAAACCCUUCAUCUACUCAUCGCAGCUCCGGACCCAUGUCAGAAAUAAAGAACCGAGUGUGGAACGCCAUGAGAAGAGAAUAUCCUACAGAAAGAAAUGUGGACAGCGUGGGAGAAGUUAAAAUGAAAAAGAAUGAAGACAUGUUGGAUUAUCUAAAGAGAGCAGCGGAAUUAUCUCCGCACCACCCCCAGCUCCCCAACCAACCCCACAGACCCCUCAUUACUUCCAGCCUGCACCGCAAUGGGGAGGCCCAGGGAGAGGAAGAGGCAGAGGAGGAAGAUGGACAGAUGUAUGUUACACCUGUGGACAAAGAGGGCACUGGGCCUCUGCUUGUCCCUCACAAGGAGGACAACCACGACAACACCACAACCAAUACCACCAAAGGGGAGGACGAGGAGGUCACUACAGAGAAAGAGGAGGACCUAAACUUCCGUUUCCAGCACAAAUGCCUGCUCAGGCCUGGGAGCCAGAACAGGAGUAUUGACGGGACCCAGAGACGAAAUCAGGCCAACUGCCCUGUCAACCUACUCGGCAGAGACCUACUGGGAAAAUUGGGAAUGACCAUCUACUGUGGCCCUGAUGGACUGCACCUCUCCACUACAUCGUCCCAAUGCAUCAAUCAAGGACCAUAUUCCAGAGUAUUAUACAUGACACCUCCCCCUGAACCUAAAGAACCUUUUACCAGAGUAUACUGGAUGAAACUGCUCCCCACAGGUCCUGACACUCCCCACAUCCAAUAUCUGUACAUGCAGUGGAAACCAUGGUUACAGACCUUACACCCCUACAAAGCCCCACAGGAUGAACUCCACUGCACCCUGAACUAUCUGACACAACCAGAUGAGUCAUAUGAUGAAGCCUGACAGGAAGAAAUGGAGAGUCACACUCAGACACUCAAAUUCACCUCCAUUUUUGCAGGAAAAGAAGGUGUGGCUGCCUUUUGUGAGCUCACUAGAGACCAAGAGGGUUGGUAUGCUCUACACGGAGACUCAAGCCCCCAUGUCACACUGGCUGUCGGCAGUGACUAUGAGGCUAGAUCUCUUGGACCUAUGGUAAAAAGAGCACUGACAUUCUCAUGGGAAUCGACUGCUGCCCCACGAGUCUGGAAGGCCAAAGAAGAAGACAUGUGGUGUAUUGCCGCACCCAUAACAGACAAAACAAUCUCGGAGAAUAAAGAUUUAACCCGCUUCCAUGGCAGGGAAAAAACAGACCAUCCUGAUACUCCCCGGCUCUUAGGAGAGGUUCCACCACAGAUCUGGACUUCUUCACCUCAAGAUGUUGGCUUGGUAAACACACCCCCUAUCCACAUCACCCUGAGGCCGGGACAGAGACCUGUCUGGAGACCUCAAUAUCGCCUGAAAAAAGAACAACAAGACGGGAUAGCAGAUACCAUCACGGGGCUAUUACAAGCAGGAGUGAUCAUCCCCUACAGGUCCUCAUGGAACACUACUAUACUUCCGGUGACAAAGGGAGAGGGUAAAGGAUGGAGGAUGGUACAAGAUUUCAGACCUGUAAAUGAUGCAACUAUCCCAGAAGCAUUGCCAGUUCCAGACCCAUAUCUAGCCCUACAGAAUAUCGGGCCCCAGCAUCAGUAUUUCACCGUGGUGGAUCUUGCUAAUGCCUUCUUUUGUCUACCUUUGGCAGAAGACUCUCAGGAGUAUUUUGGGUUCACCUAUAAAGACCAGACCUACACAUACACCAGGCUACCACAGGGUUAUCGUGACAGUCCUGGUCUGUUCAACCAUGCUCUCAGAACUCACCUCAAACCCUUAACCCUGCCUGCAGAUGUCACCCUUAUCCAAUAUGUGGACGACAUUCUGAUUGCUGCUCCAUCGGCUGAGGCAUGUCUGACAGCCACCCAUGCACUGUUGAAAUUAAAUCUGCCAUCCUCUCACAAAAACAAGCCGCGGACGGUACAACAGAUGUUGGCUUUCCUGGGGCUAACGGGAUACAGCAGAAACCAUGUCCCUUGCUAUGUUGACCUCACACAACCUCUGAGAGACAUAGUAGCAGAGGCAGGAAAUCGCAACCUAACUGCCGAACUGCUAUGGACACAAGCUGCUGAAGAAGCCUUCACACUCACCAAACAAGCACUGGCCCAGGCGACUGCUCUGUCCUCCCCAGAUUACACCAAAACUUUUAAUCUGGAUGUUUCUGAAAAAGCUGGGGUGGUAAAUGCAGUGCUUUUUCAGAAAAAGGAGGGAGAGAGAAGAGUGCUGAUGUACCACAGCUCAAAACUGGACAAUAUGGAAGUAGGACAAGCAGGAUGCACCAGAUACUUAGCAGCUCUAGCAAAAGCUAUCACCAAAACAAGCCACCUGGUAAUGUGCCACGAGCUGAAGAUAAACACAGACCAUGGAGUAGUAGCUUUCCUGGAAUCAAGCGCAUUCACUUUCUCAGCAGCAAGAAAAACAAAAAUCUCAGAGACCCUACUACAACCCCACAUCACAUACCACACAGAGGGGGUAAACAUGGCAAAAGUACUAAAUGCUGAGGAUGGACAGCCUCACAACUGUGCUGAAAAAGCAGAAAAAGAAGUGAAACUCAGACCAGACCUGGAAACAGAGCCACUACAGAACCCAGACAUGAUCCUGUUCACAGACGGCUGUUGUUACAAAGGAGAAAAUGGAAAUGUUGCCUCCUAUGCGGUGGUUGAGCAGCAGCCAUACACCAGAAAGUACACCACGAAAGAAAAAGGAAUCAUCCCACAGCCGGCAUCUGCGCAACUAGCAGAAAUAAUCGCACUAACAAAGGCCCUCAAACUGGCUGAAGGAAAAAAGGUAAACAUCUACACAGACUCAGCCUAUGGCUAUGGAGCUGUGCAUGUAGAUGGACCACAAUGGAUAAGGAGGAAUUUUCUGACCACCGCCAACACUCCAGUGAAACACAGGAUGCAAUUAGAAGAAUUGGUGCACUCCAUAUCACUACCAGCAGAAGUGGCAGUGAUGAAGUGUAAAGGACACCAGAAAUUGGAUAACGACAUAGCCGAAGGAAAUGAUGCCGCAGACAAAGCUGCUAAAGAAGCCGGAGGCUACACACCCAGACAAAUGGUGAUCACAGACUCCUCUCCAUUACCUGUUCUAACGGAAGAAGAUAUCAUCAAGAUACAAGAACAAGCCUGAGCAUAUGAACAGAGUGAAUGGGCAAGAAAAGGAGCUAUACAAAGGAAUGGAUUGUGGAGGUCACAUGAUGGACGACUGGUGGCUCCAGCAAAACUCUGCCACCUACUACUGAAGCAAGCCCAUGGACCAGCCCACGAAAGUAAACAAAGGACACAGAAGAACAUUGAAGCAUGUUGGUGGCACCCUCACAUGACCGCCCUAGUGGACAAUUACAUCACAGACUGCACCACAUGUAAUGAACAUAACCCCAAGCAAGCCUACAGGUGCCCCCUAGGGAAGUUCCCUGUGCCAGAAGCACCAUUCCAGGACAUCACUAUAGAUUUCACGGACAUGGGAGCAGAAAACAGAACAAAAGGAUACAGAUACCUGCUGGUAAUGGUGGACCGAUUUACCAAGUGGGUAGAGGCCAUUCCCUGCAAGAAUGAGUCUGCACAGACUGUGGUAAAGUGGCUGAAGAAUGAACUCAUCCCUAGGUACGGGGUUCCCAAGAGCAUUCGCUCAGACAAUGGCUCACACUUUAGCAACAAAGAACUAGCUGAAGUAGAAAAAGCAUUAGGCAUAACACACAGGUUUGGAGCAGUGUACCACCCUGCAUCACAAGGGUUAGUAGAAAGAGCUAACCAAACGCUAAAAUGAAAAAUAGCAAAAAUAUGCUACGGCACUAAGCUCACGUGGGUGGACGCACUCCCUCUAGCGCUUAUGUCAAUGAGGACCUCCCCAGGUUCAAAAACACAUCUAACACCACAUGAGUUGCUGACGGGCAGGCCAAUGCCUGGACCACCCCGAGAGGGAGGUCAUAUGCCCUCUCUGGAUGUGUGGCAGGUGAGCUGUGAUGAGUACAUGAUUGCACUGACUAAUCUCAUUCGAGUUUUGUCUAAACAGGUACAGCUGGCCGGACCCGAAGCAACUCCAGCGGAGACUCCAGCAAUAAAGGUAGGAGAUUGGGUGCGUGUGAAAGUCCACAAAAGAAAGUGGCUGGAUCCCAGGUGGACAGGACCCUAUGAAGUUACUGAAGUAACUUCCCACGCGGUCCAGGUAAAAGGUAAAGCUGGAGCUAAUUGGCACCACCUGACACAUUGUGCACCUGCAUCUCCACCCUCACGCACUUUGGCGGAGGUUAGAACUGAUUUGGCUG